AAGGAAAAAAAAACGCCUCGUAGAAUUCAAUAAGAGGAAUGGAAAUGAACGCAAUAUUAUCAUUAGACUCACCCAAUGCGAAUUCCGUGCGAUUCUCUCUCCAUGGAAACCGAGGCUUCGACGGUCAAGGAGGAGUUAUUUUGCGAUGAUUUUAUCGACUUCAAUUUUGGAGAAGGCGACGCGGCGAUUCGCACCGAGUUUUUGAAAGGAGGUUCGGCGGCGGUUUCUUUUUCUUCAGGCUUGGAGUUAUCAAAACUGCCGCCGGAUUUCGGUCAGUUUCCUGAAAUCGUCCAGGAAGAAUUAGAGUGGGUAUCAAACAAGGAAGCGUUUCCAGGCUUAGAUGAGGCAUUCUUUGGGAUAUUAUCCGAAAACCAAGAGCUAUCCAUAAAGAACAGCCCGGUAUCGGUGCUUGAAGACACCUACGAGAUGAUCGAAGACACCUACAAGAUUGUCAAGAGCUACUUCAAUAGCAUGAAACUCCCAUCGACUCAUCCUGUCCGGCCCCGGUCAAAGCGAACAAGGGAAAGGCGAGUCAUCUUUGACGAACUAGCCAUCCCACAACGCUCAUUGUCGAAUGAGACAUCAUCAUCGUUGGGAAAAACAGAAAAGACGGCCAGGCGGUGCUGGCACUGCCAAACGGACCAUACUCCACAGUGGCGAGCAGGCCCGAUGGGAGCCAAGACACUGUGUAAUGCUUGCGGAGUGCGAUACAAGUCGGGGCGGUUGCUGCCGGAAUAUCGGCCUGCCAACAGUCCGACUUUCUCGAGCUCGCUGCAUUCUAACUCGCACCGGAAAGUGGUGGAGAUGAGGAGACAAAAGCAGUUGCAGUUCUAUGAAUAAUUUUGUUGCUAGGGAUUUAGCAGUUUGGUGUCAAGUUUUCUUGUUCUUGUGUCUCUAAAGUUUUUCUUUUUCUUGGUUAAAUUAGAGGAUGUAACCACUGAUAUUUUUGAAGGUUGGACGAAUUUUAAGGGUUUGUUUUUUCUUUUAAAAAACUUUCUACA